CAAUAUUGUCAGUGGGACAGGAAGUGAGGGACAAUAUCUCAAAUGAGAACACGGACAGCAGUAAAAUCUGAAGUUUUCGAGUUUUUCUUUAAGGUGAACAUAAUAAAACACUUAUUUAGCUACAUAUGUUUCUGUUUUUCAACAGAGUUACUGGUGGAGAAUUAUUUGAAGAUAUAGUUGCAAGAGAAUACUAUAGUGAAGCAGAUGCCAGUCAUUGCAUUCAGCAGAUCUUGGAGGCUGUGCUGCACUGUCAUCAGAUGGGCGUAGUCCAUCGAGAUUUAAAGGUAAGUGACAGCUUCAUGAAAAGUUAUCUUUGA